CAUAGCAGUUGGAGACAACUACAGUGAAGAGAACAGUUGGCCACGAGCUGGAAGCCAUUACUGUGUGAGAAAGGGGGUGGAUUAUAAAUUACUGUCAUAAUUUAUUAGCUAUGCUGCUGCUGCCACCACCAUAUUACAAAGGAGUACCUUGAUGUUCUCAGUGUUACCGUUUUUCUGCAGGGGUCCCUAAACCCCUAGGGCUGCUGUUGAGGGCCUAUGGUGAUGAGACAUAGAAGUGAGAGUUAGGAGACCAGGUAAAGCAAUCCUUGCUGGUUUUCGAAUUUUGAGAUUACAUCUUUAGGGAACUAAAGUUGAAAGCUUGCUGGUUGAGCGGACAAAUAGUCCAGUGAUUGCAUCCAGCCCUCCUACAAUUACCGUGUACAGGAACCCACAAGCCCAGCUGAGUGUCAGAAACUGAUUCAACAACUUGCUGAUUAGGAGUUGCUAUGUCUACAGCUGCCGCUAUGGCCAACUUGGGCUUUUUCCAACUGCUAAGGAAAAACAAAGAACUCAUUCCUUUGGUUGGUUUUGUGGGCUUUGCAGCAGUUGGGGCUCUAGGUGCUUCCCUGUAUUUCCUAGGCACCAAAAGCGAUGUGAUCGUUAACAAGUCUGGCAAUCCAGAACCUUGGGAAAAUGUGAAUCCUAACCAGGCUCAAAAGCUUUUAUCAAUCAGCCAAGAGUGGAAAUCCAUAGAGGAGCUGGAGAAGGUCAAAAAGAUGAUGAAGUGACAAGUUGCCCUUGCCUCAAAAAUGUACUCUAUGAAUCUAGUGGAAUCAUUUCUGCACAAACUCGACUACUGAAAUCAGUGUGCGGAAAUGCUUCUGCUACAUUUUUAGGGUCUCCCUACAUUUUUGGACUCUGGAUGAGGAAUUUCAUUUUGUCUUAGCGGUUGCCUCAGAACAUCCACACAGUCCAAAAAUAAACAUCUCUUUCAGGUACUCAUUGUUUCAACAGUCAUGUUUAACUUGAUGUACAAUGUUCAAUAUGCAGAGUAUUAAUGGAGUGGAAAAUCCUUCAUUCUUAUAUGAGCUCCUUAGAAAAGAGCAGGAGCAAGACCAUAAUGAGUGUGAAAGUGUCAAUAUUAUUUUAAAAGAUCCUCUCCAAAAAUAAGAACUCUGGUCUGUUGCUUCUUAGUUCAUUAUACUAUACUUCAGUGAUGUGUGCUAAUUUUACCGGGAUGCUAUUUGUACAUGACAGCAUAAGCAGUCAUAGUAGAAAAUUAGGCUUCCAGUUCAGAUUUGGUGAGUCCCAAUCCUACAAAGACUUUGCACUGUGUCAGUUGUAGCACUGACUUCAGAGGGACUACUCAGUGCGUAAAUUUAAGCACAUGUGUAAGUCUCUGCAGGACCGGGUCCUAAGACAAAUUAUCAGCACUUCAGUAUGAGUGAAACUAGAGCAAAUCUUUUGUAUUUGUAAGUUCCUGCUGUUUAUUCCUGCGAAAAUGUUAUUAAAGUAAAAUGAAGAUUAA